AUGAGCGUCUUCUUCCUCGGUACAGAAUACAGUCAUCCCGUUUUGAAAACAAGGAAAAACCCACGAAAUUUCACGCUCUUUCGUUUCACCCAAUUGAAUCGAUUUUAUCCAUAUUUCGGGUCGAUCGAUUCCACUUUCAGGUUGUUUGUGUUCUUGAACGGCGACACCAUCAACGACGGAGAACUUUUAACGAUUUCUACUUGUCGAUAUUUGAAUCGAGAAUUUGAGCUUUAA